AUGAUGGAAUUACUAUGGUCGAAGGAAGGGACAAUGGUGGCUGGUAGGAUUCCGGUGACAAGUGAAGAGGUUCUGGUGAUGGUUAUUUAUGCAGUAAUUCUCUUAAAUCAAGUAGACUGUUUCAGUAACAGAGAUUUUAAACAAAUAAAAUUAGGGUUUUUUUAUCUUCAAAGAAAGGGAAAGAGGAGGAUAUUAGAUUACCAAAUGGAGGUUCUUGGUGUUGAAGUCAGAGACAGGAGAUCAUUCGAUGAUGGUGUAGCUGUGAGAGCUGCUGGUGUGGCAAAUAAAUUCAUCGGAAGAAGAAUUGAUGAGUGGAUAGGGCUUGAGGACGAGGAAAUAGGGCAGCACCAGUAG